CAACCAGCCAGCCAGCCAGAAGCCCUUUCCAGCAGCUCGGGGAUCCAGAUCCCCCGGGGAGCAGCUGCCAAGGCCUUCCUCCCACAAAAUCCCGCAGCUCGCGCGCCGCCGGCUCGUAUUUAACAGAUGGCGAGUUGAUCGCGGGCCCCAGUGCAGGUCGAGCAGCAGAUGGUGGCCGGCUCUCUUCUCUGCUCUCUUGCGCCCUCUGCCGCUAGGACUGGGCUGCAGCCCAAAGCACCCCGAAGCACACAAAAGGCAGGAAUUCCUCCGAAGAGUCUCGUGCAUCCGAAUUCUUGGUGGUCUCUUUAAUAAUAAUAAUAAUAAAAUAGAAGUUUUUAUUUUGCAUCAUGACGACUAAUCUCACCGCCAAAAAUCACCGUUUGAUGCUGAGUGAUGGGAACAGCAUCCCUGUGAUUGGACUUGGGACAUACUCAGACCCUAAAACGACCCCCAAAGGCACUUGUGCCGAAUCUGUGAAAACCGCCAUUGAUGCAGGUUACCGCCACAUUGACGGUGCUUUUGUGUAUUACAACGAGCAUGAAGUGGGACAGGCCAUCCGGGAGAAGAUCUCUGAAGGAAAGGUCAAGCGUGAAGACAUCUUUUAUUGUGGCAAGCUGUGGAACACAUGCCAUCCACCAGAGCUGGUGCGUCCAACUCUGGAGAAGACAUUGAAGAUCUUGCAGCUUGACUACGUUGAUCUCUACAUUAUUGAGCUGCCGAUGGCUUUUAAGCCUGGAGAGCGCAUCUACCCAAAAGAUGAAAAUGGGAAAUGGAUGUACCAUGAGACAGACCUAUGUGCCACUUGGGAGGCUUUGGAAGCAUGUAAAGACGCAGGGCUAAUGAAGUCCAUUGGGGUGUCCAACUUCAACCGUAGGCAGCUGGAGAUGAUCCUCAACAAACCAGGACUCAAGCACAAGCCUGUCAGCAACCAGAUUGAAUGCCACCCGUAUUUCACCCAGCCCAAACUUUUAGAAUUUUGCAAACAACAUGACAUUGUCCUUGUCGGAUACAGCCCUCUAGGAACAUCAAGAGAUGAAAGCUGGGUGAAUGUGUCUUCCCCUCCGCUGCUGGAGGACCCUGUGUUAAAGGCCAUUGGAGAAAAAUACAACAAGACGGCGGCCCAAGUGGCGCUCCGCUUCAAUAUCCAGCGAGGGGUGGUGGUCAUCCCUAAGAGCUUCACCGCAGAGCGCAUUAGAGAGAACUUCCAGAUCUUUGAUUUUUCCCUUACUGACAAAGAAAUGAAAGAGAUUGAAGCACUGAACAAAAAUAUCCGCUACGUGGAGAUGUUAAUGAAUGUGUUCCCUAUAACCCAGGGAUGGGGCACCUGCUACCUUCCAGGUGUCUUGGACUCCCAAUUGUCAUCAGCCCUAUUCAACAUGGCCCAUUGCGGGAUGAUGGGAGUUGUAGUCCAGCAACUUCUGGUGGCAGGACCAUCCAGAGUAUCCUUUUCACGAUGAAUACUGAAAAUGGUGCAUCCACUACCGUGUGCUUGGUUUUAGUGAUCUUUGUUCCUUGUUAUCUUUUAGCUUUGAAUUUAGUAACAGCAUCAUUGUAAUCUUUCUGCAAGUCCCUCGAUUUCUCCUAUGCCAACCCUCCACAAUUUGUCCAAAACAAAUGUGGACAACCAGGCCCACCAAGAAGAGUAGUUUCAAGUCAGUGUUCAACUGCCACUAUUAUUGCGAUGGAGGAGAGCCAAGGUGUUGUGGUUUUUGUUUCAUAUAAGACGGAGGAUCUCUCUUUGACUUGCUGUCUCAAAUUUUUGUCUUGUGUAACAAACAUUAAAGAACAUUUUCGAUUAAAUCUCUGAUGAACUUGAA